GUGUUUGAGUAAAAAUUAACAGAGCAGACCAUAUGUGAAGGUAAACAUUAUGCAUUUACUUUGCUUCAGACGUUGAUUGAACCGACUGAAGCCAUGUGGUCCAGCAGCAGCUCCAAGGGCGGCGGCACGGGGGCGGGCGGGUCCGGCGGGGCACGGCCACCUCACGACAUCACCAGCCAGCAGGGCCUCCGUCAGCUGUACAACAGCAACGUGGUCCACGCCGAACAGCUCAAGCGACCGCUAGGGAACAGCACCACGAUGGUGGGGCCAUUCUACCACACUGGCGCUCGGGUCACUCUAGAAGACGGCAGUAAAUAUCUGGUUCACAAAGGGGAUGGGUACGGGGUUAGCUCCCAAACCGUGGUCACCGAUGCUAAGCACAUGGGGGAUAGAUGGGUGCCAGUAGGGAGGGGGCACGAUGUGAAAGGGUCCACCGUUUCUGACUUUGUCAAAGCGGGUGGGAAAAAUUACUCUUAUGGUAGUGAUAACUGCCAACAUGGUGCAGGCCGGAUGAUGGAUCUUUCUGAAGGGCGGCACCCCCUUGAUCGUCUGAUGAACCCGCGAAAAAAGUAAUAAAAUCUAGUUCAGAGAUGCGUUGUAGGAUAGGCAACAGCAGGCACAGCACUAAAGGCAAUGGCAGUUCGGCUGGUCGACUUUCGAGCCAAUCUAUGUCAACAUUAUUAGAAUAUUAGCACAAUGUGAUCUUGGUUUAAUGCCACUGCUGGCGAUAGGCGAGCACCCAACGGCAAAAUUAGUACUACUCAAACAAAACAGAAAUGAAAACCCCCAA